AUCUCCAGGAGCGCUCACUCACACACAGGAGGGGUAUGGCUUCUCCCAUGCUAGAGGAAGAAGCUCGUUAUGUUUCCAGCCCUUUAGCAAUGCUCACUGCUGCUUGCAACAAGUUUGGGGGUUCCAGCCCUAUCAGGGAUUCCACCUCUUCAUCUAAGUCUGGAGUGAAGAAGCCAUACAGCCAAACCAAUGAAUUCAGUGCCUCAAAACUAAUGGGGGACGGAUAUUCUUCUGCAUACUUGGGGGGAAGCAAUAUAAUGACACCGUGUGGGACACCCCCUGCACCUUCAAACUAUGGAGGAGACUUUGGAUCCUUCUCUCAUUCCUUCUCUUCCUCUUCAGGAUGCCAAGAGCCCAAGAGUCUCUCUCCAGCAGAGUGUGUGCCUAGUGUGUACACUUCAUUAGAUAUGGGACAUCCGUAUGGCUCAUGGUACAAAACAGGCAUACAUCAUCCUUCUCUGUCUAGUUCACCCCCAGGCAGUGGUGGUUCAUGGUGGGACAUGCAUCCAAAUACAAACUGGCUAGGAAACCAGUCACAGCCAGAUGGGCUGGCAGCUUCCAUGCCACCAGUAACAAGUCCAGUAGGCAUGAGCAGCCAGUAUAGUGCAGAAUACACCACUCUUACCCCUGCUACUUACCCUUCUGUGGGGUUUCCCUCAAUCUCUCCAUCCUCAAGCCCAUCCCCAUCUUCACACCUUCUGUCACCUUCCCAGCACACAUUGGCCCCGGAAAUGUACAAGCCAAAGCUUUUGGCUGCUAACCCCUUGCUAGAAACACCAGGAUCUUUAAAGGCCCAAAGGGGAACAUCAUAUGGAAACUCUGGCCGUCCGUCAUGUGACUGUCCAAACUGCCAAGAGCUGGAGAGGCUAGGAGCUUCUGCUGCCAGUCUGAAAAGGAAGCCGGUGCACAGCUGUCACAUUCCUGGUUGUGGGAAAGUGUACGGUAAAGCUUCACAUCUCAAAGCUCACCUACGCUGGCACACAGGAGAGCGUCCUUUUGUUUGCAACUGGCUUUUCUGUGGCAAACGUUUCACACGUAGUGAUGAGCUUGAACGCCAUGUGCGCACCCACACACGUGAGAAAAAGUUCACUUGCCCACUCUGUGCAAAAAGAUUCACACGCAGCGACCACUUAAGCAAGCACCAGCGCAGCCAUGUUGAUCAGCCAGGAGCAAAAGAUGAUGGAGUUCAAGGAGAUGGAGGGGCAGUGGGCGAGAGCUCUGCUGAAAAGGGCAUAGUGUUAUCUGACAGCUCACCUGCAGGUGGUAGCCAAGAAAGGGCAUCUGGUAGCCCUGGCCAAGGAGGUUUGUUAGAAAUAUGAUUCUGGAGAACUCUGAUAAUGGGCCAG